AUGUUUGUGUCGGUCAAGACCGUUUUCUCGCAGCGAGGCCGGUACAACUACUCCCUCAAGAGCGAGGUGAACUUCCACCGGGAGUGCAUGAGCAGCUACAACGCGAGGCUGGAGCACGCCAAGAAACUCCUGGCAGCGGCCAGGAGGCAGUCCCUGCAGGCCAUAGCCAAGGGGGACACCGUGUUCCCCCGCGGGAGAGACGGCGAGGGUGACCGAGAGAUGGACGGUCAGGGGGAGGCUCUAGAAGGCAGUUAUCGGACGCGGACUCCAACACCGGGGGAUUUCAUAUUUCCCAGAAUGUGA